CAUCACCUAGUUCAGAGCGACCCACCCCAGCCAGGUCUCCGCGUCGCCCUCCUCUCGCCGCAGCCAUGUCGUCAAAGUACCCCAUCGGCCCCACGGAAACCGAGCGCUGCAUUGAGUCUCUGCUGGCUGUUUUCCAGCGCUACGCCGGCCGUGACGGGAAUGCCACUGCCCUGUCCAAGAGGGAAUUCCUGACGUUUAUGAAUACCGAGCUGGCAUCUUUCACAAAGAACCAGAAGGACCCAGGUGUCCUUGACCGAAUGAUGAAAAAGCUCGACUUGAACUGUGAUGGACAGCUGGAUUUUGCCGAGUUCUUGAACCUCAUCGGGGGGCUAGCGCAAGCCUGCCAUGCACAAGUGCAUUCCUCCGGAACCAGUGGUGGCCUUCACAAAUAAUGACCCUGCCCUUGAAGACUUCCUGAACCAAGACCAACAACAUCCCCAACAUUCCAAACUCAACCUAAGAGCUGUACCUAGCAGGAAAGAGCAGGUUGCCAUUUUCCCAGUCUUGUUCCUUCUCAAUAAAUUCUGUAUGCUGAUCCUAAAAGAA